CCCGCCCGAGAGGACGGGUCCCCGCCCGCGCCAUGAGCCAGAAAACAGAAAUUUACUCUGUGGAGCUCAGUGGAACCAAAGCCUUGGAGAACCCAGACGAGGGGGGUGGCAAGAAGUGCAAGGGCCAGAAAAACAACCUCUUGGAACUCAAGAAGAAGCCGCAGAAGGAGGAGCCUAAGAAAGAGCUAGAUCUGGAUGACCACAAGCUCAGCAAUAAGGAAUUGGAAACAAAAUAUGGCACAAACAUCAUUACAGGUCUCUCCAGCGCCCGGGCUGCUGAGCUCCUGGCUCGGGAUGGGCCCAACGCCCUCACCCCCCCUAGGGAAACCCCGGAGAUCAUCAAGUUCCUCAAGCAGAUGGUGGGGGGGUUCUCCAUCCUUCUGUGGAUAGGAGCCGUCCUGUGCUGGAUCGCGUAUGGGAUUCAGUACUCCAGCGAUAAGUCCUCCUCCCUGGACAAUGUGUACUUGGGCUCUGUGCUUGCCCUGGUCGUUGUUUUAACUGGGGUCUUUGCUUAUUACCAAGAGGCGAAAAGCACCAACAUCAUGGCCAGCUUCCACAAGAUGAUCCCGCAGCAAGCCCUUGUCAUCCGCGACUCAGAGAAGAAGACGGUUCCUGCAGAGCAGCUGGUGGUGGGGGACAUAGUGGAGAUUAAAGGCGGAGACCAGAUUCCUGCGGACGUCAGGCUGCUGACGGCCCAGGGGUGUAAAGUGGAUAACUCAUCGCUCACGGGGGAGUCAGAGCCCCAGCCCCGCUCCUGUGAGUUCACCCACGAGAACCCCCUGGAAACUCGGAACAUCGGCUUCUUCUCCACAACUUGCCUGGAAGGCACGGCCACGGGCAUGGUCAUCAACACCGGGGACCGCACCAUCAUCGGGCAGAUCGCCUCGCUGGCCUCGGGAGUCCAGAACGUGAAGACGCCCAUUGCCGUCGAGAUAGAGCACUUCGUUCACAUCGUGGCUGGCGUGGCCGUCUCCAUCGGCAUCCUUUUCUUCAUCAUCGCCGUGUCCAUGAAGUACCACGUCCUGGACUCCAUCAUCUUCCUCAUCGGCAUCAUCGUGGCCAAUGUGCCCGAGGGCCUCCUGGCCACGGUCACGGUGACUCUGUCGCUGACAGCAAAGCGGAUGGCCAAGAAGAACUGCCUGGUGAAGAACCUGGAGGCCGUGGAGACCCUGGGCUCCACCUCCAUCAUCUGCUCGGACAAGACGGGGACCCUGACCCAGAACAGAAUGACCGUGGCCCACCUGUGGUUCGACAACCAGAUCUUCAUGGCGGACACCAGUGAAGCCCAUUCAAACCAGGUCUUCGAUCAGAGCUCGGCCACCUGGGCCGCCUUGUCCAGGAUCAUCACCCUGUGUAACCGGGCUGAGUUCCGGCCAGGCCAGGAGAGCGUCCCCAUCAUGAAGAAAGUUGUGGUUGGCGAUGCCUCAGAAAGUGCCCUUUUGAAAUUCUCAGAGGUCAUUUUGGGUGAUGUGAUGGAAAUUAGAAAAAGAAACCGCAAAGUAGCUGAAAUCCCUUUUAACUCGACCAACAAAUUUCAGCUCUCCGUCCACGAGACCGAGGACCCCGACGACAAGCGUUUCCUGGUGGUGAUGAAAGGGGCCCCCGAGCGGGUCUUGGAGAAGUGCAGCACCAUCAUGGUCAAUGGGCAGGAGCAGCCCCUGGACCGGAGCACGGCCGAGGCCUUCCACACGGCCUACAUGGAGCUGGGCGGCCGGGGCGAGCGCGUGCUGGGCUUCUGUCACCUCUACCUGCCGGCGGAUGAGUUUCCAGAAACCUACUCGUUUGAUGUCGACACGGUGAACUUUCCCACGUCCAGCUUCUGCUUCGUGGGCCUCUUGUCCAUGAUCGACCCGCCUCGGUCCACGGUCCCCGACGCGGUCGCCAAGUGCCGGAGCGCGGGCAUCAAGGUCAUUAUGGUGACGGGCGAUCAUCCCAUCACAGCCAAAGCUAUUGCCAAGAGCGUGGGUAUCAUUUCCGCCAACAGCGAGACGGUGGAAGACAUCGCCAAACGCCUCAGCAUUGCCGUGGAGCAGGUGGACAAGCGGGAUGCUAAAGCCGCCGUGGUGACUGGCAUGGAGCUGAAGGACAUGAGCCCGGAAGAGCUGGACGAGGUCUUAACCAACUACGCGGAGAUCGUCUUCGCCCGGACGUCCCCCCAGCAGAAGCUGACCAUCGUGGAGGGCUGUCAGCGGCAGGGCGCCAUUGUCGCUGUGACAGGGGAUGGAGUUAAUGAUUCUCCAGCCCUAAAGAAGGCAGACAUCGGGAUUGCCAUGGGGAUAGCAGGUUCGGAUGCAGCCAAGAACGCAGCCGACAUGGUCCUGCUGGAUGACAACUUUGCGUCCAUAGUCACGGGGGUGGAGGAAGGUCGCCUCAUCUUUGACAACCUGAAGAAGACCAUUGCGUACACCCUGACCAAGAACAUUGCCGAGCUGUGCCCCUUUCUGAUCUACAUCAUCGCUGGGAUUCCUCUGCCCAUUGGCACCAUUACCAUCCUGUUCAUCGACUUGGGCACAGACAUCAUUCCCUCAAUCGCCCUGGCUUAUGAGAAGGCAGAGAGUGACAUCAUGAACAGGAAGCCUCGCGACAAGAACAAGGACAGACUGGUGAACGCGCCACUCGCCGUGUACUCCUACCUGCACAUCGGCCUCAUGCAAGCCCUGGGAGCCUUUGUUGUGUAUUUCACCGUCUAUGCUCAGGAGGGCUUUCGACCGGCCACCCUGCUUAACCUCCGGGUGGAGUGGGAAAAGGACUCCGUGAACGACUUGGAAGACAGCUACGGACAAGAAUGGACGAGGUACCAGAGGAAAUGCCUGGAAUGGACGGGCUAUACCGCCUUCUUUGUCGGCAUCCUGAUCCAGCAGAUAGCAGAUCUGAUCAUCAGGAAAACCCGGAGAAACUCCAUCUUCCAGCAGGGCCUCUUCAGAAAUAAAGUCAUCUGGGUGGGGAUCGCCUCGCAGAUCAUCAUCGGGUUAAUCCUCUCCUACGGCCUGGGGAGCAUCACAGCCCUGAACUUCACGAUGCUGCGGCCCCAGUACUGGUUUGUGGCUGUGCCACACGCGGUUCUGAUCUGGGUGUAUGAUGAGGUGCGGAAGCUUUUCAUCAGACUCUACCCUGGCAGCUGGUGGGACAAGAACAUGUAUUACUAACACCUGCCGACCUCCCGAGGCGCCAGCCGCAUGUCCGGACCUGCGUCCUCACCUUCUAGCUGCCAGCUGGCCGGCUGCUGCCGUAAGGACCUGUCAGAACCCAUUUAAGAAAAGACAGGGAACUGUAUGGACGAGACUCACUGAGGUUUUGUAAUUUAAAGCAGAGAUUUAAGUGUUUAUAUAUGAUUUUCCUGUAUACAUCUAUCUCCUUAUUUAAAAAUAUGUGAAUUUGGAGUUCCCGUCGUGGCGCAG